AUGCGAGAAUUGCGAUACCCGCUGGAUGCAUUGCUCAAAAAUGACACCAAAUUUGUUUGGACACGGGAGUGCGCAAAUGCUUUUAACAGGUUCAAAGACCUGUUAGCAUCCGACUUGCUGCUGACGCACUACGACCCGAAUGCAGAGAUAGUGGUCUCUGCCGAUGCAUCGUCGGUUGGACUAGGCGCGACCAUAAGCCACAGGUACGCGGAUGGCUCGCUGAAGGUUGUUCAGCACGCAUCGAGAGCCCUUACGAAGGCUGAAGCAAAUUACAGCCAAAUUGACCGCGAAGGUUUGGCGAUUAUAUUUGCUGUGAAAAAGUUUCAUAAGAUGCUGUUUGGGCGCCACUUCCGAUUGCAAACCGAUCAUCGACCCUUGUUGCGGAUUUUCGGGUCACAUAAGGGUAUACCAGUGUACACGGCAAAUAGGUUGCAGCGGUUUGCAUUGCAGUUGCUGAUGUAUGAUUUUACCAUCGAGUACGUGCAAACCGAUAAGUUUGGCAAUGCGGACGUGCUCUCAAGGCUGAUACACGAGCACGCAAAACCGGAUCCGGAAUACAUAAUCGCAAGCGCUGAGUUGGAAAAUGAUGUAAGUUCCAUAGCAUCAUACUGUAUUAAUAUAUUUCCACUCAAUUUUAGAGACGUUGCGAAGGCCACGGAGUCCGACCCUGUCCUGAAGAAGGUUUACGGAUACAUCAUGGAAGGGUGGCCCCAAAAUGUCGCAUAUGCUGCAGAGCUGGCUUGCUUUUACCACAGAAGCGAAGCCCUAACCACGGUCCGUGGUUGCAUUUUGUUUGGGGAAAGAGUGGUGAUCCCUAGCAAGCUGCAGCAGCGUUGCUUGAAGCAACUACAUGAAGGGCACCCCGGUAUCCAGCGAAUGAAGUCGAAGGCCCGGAGUUACGUGUACUGGCCAUCCGUUGAUAAGGACAUAACGGAGCACGUAAAGGGAUGCCAUGCUUGUGCGAUAGCGGCAAAGACUUCACCUCGCGAAAAACCUGUUCCCUGGCCAGCGACACAGAAACCUUGGGAACGUAUUCACAUCGAUUUCGCUGGGCCAAUCGAUGGUGACUAUUUUCUGAUCGUGGUAGACGCGUUUACCAAGUGGCCAGAGGUGAUACGAACGCGAAGUACCACAUCAGCAGCAACGAUCGCGAUACUGAGGUCAAUCUCUGCGAGAUUUGGAUACCCGGAAACGAUGGUGAACGACAACGGGCCACAAUUUGUCAGUGCUGAGUUUUCGGAGUAUUGCAGUAGUCGCGGUAUACAGCACGUCACAACUGCGCCAUUCCAUCCGCAAUCGAAUGGGCAGGCGGAGCGCUUUGUUGACACCUUCAAGCGGUCGAUGAGGAAGAUCCAGGAAGGGGGAACAACGCAGGACGAAGCGCUUGACGUUUUUCUGGCGAGCUACCGGUCAACCCCCAACGCUAUUUUGCCGGACAUGCAGUCGCCAGCUGAAGCCAUGCUAGGCAGAAAAAUGCGAACAGCGUUGGCACUGCUGAAACCUCCACCUGCAGCGCAAGCAGAACCGGCCAACUUGGAUAGACGAUUUCAGCGCGGUGACCUCGUCUACGCCAAGUUCUAUACGCGGAAUUCAUGGAAGUGGGUUCCGGCGCAAAUCAUACGAGAGUUGGGCAGCGUUAUGUUCGAGGUGCAGACGAACAAUCAACGGGUUCACAGGCGCCAUGUGAACCAGCUGCGAAAACGUGAUUCGGCCGUGGGGGCUUCCAGCGAGGACGUGGACAUAGAUCAUUUGCCGUUUGAUCUGCUGACGGACAGCGCGGUAGCGGAAUCGAGUUCUGUUCCCUUGACGGACCAUCAAACUAGCGCGUCACCCACACAACCAUCUCCACGCCCAAUCCCGUUCGCUACUACAAAACGCCAGCAGCCGAUACGGUCGCCACGCCGGUCUUCUAGGCUUAGAAGACUUCCGCGUAGGCUCGAGGGGUAUCGUCUGUAA